GAAUAGUACUUUCAUCAGCUGGCAAACGAAUGUUCACAAUUCUCGGUUUGGAUGAUCUCUCUUGUCGUCGGAGACACAUUGACCAGGUUGAGUUCAAUACCAGAGGACCAGUGCUGUUUCUGAUCUACGUCAACGACCUCCCAGAUGUUCUUGCAAGUCCACGUCUACUUUUUGCGGACGACUUGAAAUCCUGGAGUUCCAGUUCCAGUGCCCUCCAAAUGCAUGUAGACGCUACAAAGCAGUGGUCGUUGGACUGGCACCUUCCUCUGAAUGAUGAAAAGUACGCCCAUGUGUCGUUUGGAGGAGACUCAGUGAAUGCCUUUGUUAUGCAUGACAGUCCCCCACAUCCCGAACGUACUGACUCCUGCGCCAUCACGGCCAAUCCACACUGUCAGACUGCCCCUAUAUCCAGUGAAGAAAACCUUGUCGAUCUGGAAUAUGCAGACGACAUCGUUCUCAUGUUCGAAGAGGAGGAAAUGGCGCAAGUAUUCUGGGAUGAACUGACCAAAGUCAUCCCGUCCUUUGUUAUGCACUUUGCACCCACAAAGUGUAAGGUCAUGCUUGUGGACGUGCAGUCACUGAACACGCCACUUACGAUCCAGGAAGAGGCACUGGAAGUUGUGGAGCGUUUUACGUAUCUUGGAAGUUGUAUUAGUUCUGAUUGCAGUGUGACAGAUGAGGUGAAUGCUCGAAUCUGCAAGGCUCGGGCCACGUUUGCUAACUUGACACACCUAUGGCGUCAGAAUGGUUUAUCCCUGAAUCUGAAGGGACGUGUGUAUCAAGCUACAGUACGGGCUGUUUUGUUGUAUGGCUGUGAGACUUGGCCUAUUCGAGCAGCGGACCUGUGCUUACGGACUUUUUCUGCUAUGUCCAAGUAUACCACAGAUGGGUUCGAACGUAAGAACUCGGCACCUGUCAAAAGCUCAGUGUCAACAGAUGGGAAGGUGGAACGGAAACGUUCCGCUGGAGACGGCCAAGGUGCCGGUGCGGUUGAUGAAGAGAUGUUCCGGGCCUCGUUUGUCCCGGCUAUGUCCAUCACGGCCUACUCAUCCAAAGAACUCCUGGAUAUCAUGGGACGAAUCAAAGACAAUUUGUCUGUUUCGGCGGAAGAAUGGGAGAAACGAGUGGAUGCCCUAAAAACAUUGCGUGUCCUGGUCGCUAACGGCGCUAAUCAGUUUGAGGAGUUCAUUCCACAGUUGAAGACGUUAGAAACACAAGUAGAUGGGUGUUUGCGUGACCUGCGGUCCUCAGUUGUACGGGAAGCCUGUAUCACUGUCGCGUACCUCUCUCAGCAACUAGGAACUCGAUUUGAUCGCUUUGCGGAAACCAUCUUGCAGACUCUAAUAGGAUUGAUGUCUAAUAGUGCCAAAAUUAUGGCCAGUAGUGGUGUCCUCGCCACACGCUUCAUUCUUGAGAACACCCAUUCUCCCAGACUGCUGCCAAUCUUGAUGAGCUCGAUGACAUGUAAAUCCAACGUGACUCGAAAAUGCAUUUGUGAGUUCCUCGAAGUCAUUUUCCGCACAUGGCCCGUAAAUGUUUUGGAAAAGCACUUGGGUCUUCUGCAAGAUUCGCUGAGACGUGGCAUUUACGAUGCCGACCAAGAAGCUCGUGGUUUCUCACGACGUGCCUUCCCUUUGUUUGCGGAAAAAUUCCCGGACCAGGCCAAUUCCCUGCUGCAAAACCUGGAUGCUCAAAAACGUAAGCUGAUUGAAAAAGAUUUGAUUGGCAUUGGCUUGAGUGGUGUUGGAGACGACGGUUCCGCCCGAAAUCGAUCCAAUAACCAGUCAGCUGUGAACCCGGUCACAAAGCGUCCCAACAAACCAAUUCUAGGCACCGCUGCUGUGGGUGCGAACGGCGCUCGAAGUCGUCCUCCGGUUACAAAUCAGAACGAUAUCAAUACAGUUGGACGGUACGUUCGUCAUGGUUCAGUAGUGUCGUCUACUGGGCCCCGAGGACGUGGUACUGGACGCAAGAACGUUUCUCAGUCUCAACUAUCGGAACAGUUUCUACCCAUUAAGGGUGGUCAUUUUUGUGACCCACUUCACCUUCUUGACGAGCAGCUCAAAAAGGGUUACAUUCAUUUCAUGGUUAGCUCUUGCAUGCGUUCCAUUUAUGUAACAGUCCCCCAUCCAUCCUCCGAAACUCCGUCUCCAUCAUCUGAUGGACCUCAUCAGUGCAUGGUGGUUGACUUUAUGGUGAACGCGGGUUUGCGCAUUUUGCCCGAAACCCGACCAUCAUCUGACGAUUGUGAUCGGUUCGCUCCAAAUGUUUUUGAUCAACGGGAUUUGUUGGAAAACGUGGAUUCCCCGUUUCUCUCACCAUCUAUACAGUCUGAGGAAAUAUCUGCCACUAGCCGCGAAGUAUCACCUACUCGAUUGGCCUAUAUGUCCUACGGUAUUCCGGGGGAUUAUAAUCAACAGGGACCUUAUAAUGCCGCCGGAUAUGCUGGACGAAACGGAUUGGCCGACGCCCGACAAAUGGUAGGCGCUACUUCUCCGAUGUCACCUUACGGAGCCGGGACCGGUUCUCGUAUUCCACGUAGCCAGGGUGCAAGUCGGGAACCUUCUCCCACUCGUUCUAUUUCCGGUUAUCAGCAGCCUAUUUACAAUACUCAGUAUAGCAGCUUCCGACAGCGAGGCAGGCCCUCUAUCAGUACAAUGAGCGACUAUGGUGAUUCGGUGGACACGUUUAUGACCAACAGUCGCCACCCUAUGGAAUCAGAUGACAAUUUUAGUGAGACCUCCUCUCAAUGUUCCGAUCGGUCCGCACGCUCCGGCUUCCGACGACAGCCGUCUGUUCGUGUGACCAGCAAUCUGAAGGAAAUUUUGGGACAGCUGUCGGGAGCUCAGUGGUCCGAUCGAAAAGAUGGACUAAUCAAUUUGCAAAACUACAUGCGAUCCGGCAGUCCAUUGAACCCGGAGGAUAUCCGUCGGUUAACUGAAAUCUUCUCCAAAAUGUUUGCAGAUUCCCAGCGACAGGUGGUCAGCCUUUUUAUGGAUACCCUACAGUUUUUCAUCAAGGAGUAUAACCCACUGCUACGUGACUGGCUGUACACGCUACUCAUUCGUCUAUUCAACCGUCAAGGAUCGGAAGCGGUUGGAAGCUAUCAGAAAGCCAUACAGGAAGCGUUGUUCGUCGUUCGGUCACACUUUCCUUUGAACCUACAAUUUACCAACUGCUGUCGAUAUAUCAUGGAUAACGCGCAGGCGCCCAACAUCAAAGUCAAAGUCUGUUUGCUGGAAUAUCUAAAAGAUCUCAUUCUGAUGAUGAGUCCAGAUGCACUCAAUUCGCCGUCGCAAGAAGUAACUUCUGCUAUUGCUCGGAUUAUCAGCUGGUCAGGUGAACCCAAGUCACCGGAAAUUAGGCGUAUGGCAUCUCGCGUUGUCAUCAAACUUUACGACCUGAAUUCUACGAGCUUCGCCGCAAUUACACAAGGCUUGCCGCGAGCUAUCAAAGACAGAGCUACUGAGGUGCUCAAGGCUUACCAGAAGACUACCACGGGGACGGGCAUCUCCAGUCUAAUGGAACCGACUCCUACUGCUCCAGCCUGGAAACCGCAUCUUUUCCGUACCGGAUCUUUGCGGCAACGACCCUCUCCCUUAACGGCGCGAAGUUACAUGACUAGGUCUGUUGACCAAGAUGGUCAUUUGUCCCACGGAGCAACCCGCACACCCAACGACCCAGGACGCUUAAGUCCUGAGACAAUGAAUAAUAUGAUACGGCAGACAACAGAAGGUCUGCAGUCACUCACGGUGGGCAUGCAGGCCCCGACAGCUGGCACCCCAAGGCGUGUGUCCACUGGAUCCGUGCCUAAUGCCGCUCAUCAAUACGACUCCUACCUGAGUUACGAUCCAGCGCAGACUGCGGCUACAAACGGCAUGGGCGAAAUAUCGGGUGGAGUUUUGCGGACAAUGCAACCGAGCAAUAUUCCCAAUCCGUCGUUUAUAUCUCCGGGAAUCGUUCCAUCACCUGUGAGCCAUUCGUAUGCAGCGCCUCCGGUUCCUCUUGGUGACUCUCCCACAUCGGCGCGGUUCGAUAACAGGCCUCUCGGUACACUGGGUUUUGAUCAGGGUGACGGCCCGAAGCUUAAAAAGCCCGUUAUCGGUUAUCAGACUCUUAGGAAGAUUCGUGAAAUGCCUCCCGAAGAUAUAAUGUCGGAGAUUUUACAGGAGCUUUCGAAUCACAACGAACGAUCUCGCGCUUCCCAACCUGCUCCGCUAUCUCCCGCAUCGUACGAACAACGAAAAGCGAGUAUGCUCAAGCUGAUCAAACUCUUACGUGACGGAACAAUAUGCAAUUGGGACGAAUAUUUCAAACCAACCCUACUCAUUUUGUUGGAGACGCUAGGUGAUGAUGGGUGUGAAACACGAUCUCUUGCGCUUAAAGUCCUUCAAGAAUUAGUUCGGGCGAAGCCUGAACUCUUCCACGAUUUUGCCUGCUUGUUUGUUAUCAAAGUCCUGGAUGCCUGUCGAGAUGAGGAGAAAACAGUCACCCGAGCAGCAGAAGAGUGUGCCAAAAGUAUAGCGCAACACCUUCCUCCAGAUUUGUGCUUCAGCGUCCUAACUCCUCUGAUAAACGACACAAAAAUGCAGGUCAAUCUGCCCGCAGUCAAAAUGCAGGAGCACGUGGUUCGAAAUUCACCACCAGAUUUAGUCACCGAUGUACUCGACGUUAUCAUACCAGGACUGAUUGUGGCAUGCAACCACGAAGACAGCUCAAUGCGUAAGGCCAGUAUAUUCUGCAUGGUCGCAAUCGCUUUGAAAAUUGGUGAUGCAAUCUGGGAGCAUCUCAAUGAUCUUCAUGUCAGUAAAAAACGGUUACUGAAACUCUACAUUGACCGAGAAUUGAACAAUGCGGUUUCGAGUGAAUCUUUGGGUACUCGCAGCUGAACGCAGUCCGCAUCCAAAAGCUAACUAGAUGAACGACAAAUGCCUUGCAUUCACUAUGCACAGUAGGAACUAUGGUUCAGUCCAACUGACUAUGCAAUCACAAUUGCUUGGGCAUCCUCCGCACGCCAUUGUCCCUCACUGUCUUUUUGUCGCCCAACCCCCUGCCACAUGUCGUCCUACCCUCAGAACAACCAGCAGUCAUGUGCACUGUUAGCUUCAUAUUCUUUGUUUCUUUAAUUUCCAUUGCUGCUUUUUAUCCACCUCGGUUUUCGUCUCCUGCCUCUUCCCGAGACCGUUUUGUGUAAAUCUGAUUCGCUCGAAGCCACUUUUGGUAGUUUUCUGAUAGUUUUUCAAUACGCGAGUCAUGAUACUUAAAGAACGGCUGUUUCUCGGUCUGAUCGACUCGAGACUUACCUUUCAUCAGGUUGGCUCGGUAUUUCGUUCGCCUGUAGUGAGUCCCAUCUCGCCAAGAUCUGCUAUUUCCAUCGUAACUUUGCGUCAGAAGAUCCAUGUGACACACUAGGUUGUUACUCGCUUUUUAAGUUUCCCGUCCGUGAUAGUGAUCUUUUCUCCAUCCCAACCGGUUCGACUCAUUUUUAUCCAGCCUACUUAUUAUUACUUCUGAUUUUCGCCCCCCCAGUCCCCUAGCAUCCGCGUGUCCUCAUUCAUCUAACCACCCCGAUGUUCUGUCAUUACCAUGGCUGUCACCCAGCUGCAACUGAACUCCAUUCAUCGCUGGUGGAAUCGGUCUUGUUUGCUAUUGGUCUUUGGUCGGUCCCCGUUGUUCUUCCUCAAAACGAACGUUCCUGUACAGACAAACUCGAAUUCACAACUUACAGAGACUUUUAAACCCUGUUGGGUUAAGUCAUUUGGUGUAAUAAAAUUUAAUCCCCUCGAA